CGCAUGGGCCAAGCACUACGCGAUGCCUCGGGGCACGUGAGGCCCCCUCCGCCCGCGCCCUCGCCUCCGGCACGGCCGCCUCCGCCUCGGACGCCGCCAGCCACAGCUGGCGGCGCGCCGCAGGACUGGAUUGGCGAGCUCUCCAGUGACGAUGUUCCAGCACCAACAAAAAAUGCUCAUGUUGUACUUGAGGAACGUGAUCCAAGCUAUGAUGAGAUGCUUAAGCAUAUGGUUGGGAGAAUCACUACUAAGCCUGGAGGAAAACCAGAAAUGGGUGAAGCUUCCGUUGUACAGCGGUAUGACAGGCCGCUCCCAAAGGUCAGAACAUCAAAACCUGAACCUGGACAAAGUGGGAGCAGGCAGCUACCUGCAGGAGCCCUGAAUGUUGGCCAUAUUCAGGAGAUCAUUCAAUUGUACCAAGGAAAGUCAGGUAGCCACCAUGGCCCGAUGAGCGUGGAUGACAUCGCCUCGAACUUUAGAGUUGAAGCCUCUGUUGUCCAAAGCAUCGUCCAGUUCGUCUCGUUGCCCCAGGACGAAAACGUCAAAGAGAAAGACGAACACUGA